AAGAAACGAAGACAAUUAUAACCAAUUACACAAAAAGCACAUUAGUAGAAACAUCAUACAUGAUGAGUAGUUCUACCAAAUCCUCUAUGUUUGCUACUUCUUCUAUUACACAUUUCUUAGCCACAAUCCUAAUAAUUCUAUCAUUAUGCUCAACCUACCAAUUUGUAGUAUUAGUAGCCACUCCUAUACCUAAUAGAGAAGCCUUAGAAAUUGUCAUAGGUGGUGGUUCUCCCGCCCCUGAAUAUUCCCCUGGUUGUGGUACUUGCACUUCACCACCACCACCAGAAACACCAUGCCCUCCACCACCAUCACCACCAUCAUCGCCGUCGCCGGGACCGGAAAAUGAAAUACAAAUAGCCACAAGGGUCAUCAAACAAUUCUUCCAAAGGAUUGAUAGCGACUCAUGUGGGUUGAAAAUGCUGAAAAACAUCAAGAAUCCUAAGUUUUGUGAUAACUCCAAGUUUAAUUGUGCAUUUCUUAAUGCAAAAAACCAAAAUGCUUUAUAUGGAGUCCAAUUUAAUGGAUGCAUGAUAAAGGGUAAAAAUCUUACCCUUGAAGACUUCAUCAACAAGUUACCCGAAGUGUCAGUUUUUCAUGCAAACUCCAACAAUUUUAACGGUAAAAUUCCAAAUUUAAGCCAUCUUCCUUAUCUUUUUGAGCUAGAUCUUAGUAAUAACAAAUAUGAAGGUAAGUUUCCUCUUAAUGUACUUACAGCUACCCAAUUAACUUACUUGGACCUACGUUUUAACUCUUUUGUGGGCCCAAUUCCACCCCAACUAUUUGAUUUACAAGUCUUGGCCCUUUUUAUUAACAAUAACAACUUCGAGCAAGACCUUCCAUCUAAUUUGGGCUCAACACCGGCCGCUUUUCUUACUUUUGCUAGCAACAAGUUCACCGGCCCAAUACCUAAGUCCAUUAAGCAAGCCUCAAACACCCUCCUUGAAGUCCUCUUCUUAAACAACCAUUUAUCAGGCUGCCUUCCUUAUGAGAUUGGGUAUCUCAAGAAGGCCCGUGUUUUCGACGUUUCGACGAAUUAUUUAACGGGCCCGAUACCGCGAUCUUUUGGUUGUUUAGAGAAAAUGCAAAACCUUGUGAUGGCUAACAAUGAGUUUUUUGGGGCUGUUCCUGAAGAAGUGUGUAUGUUGCCUCAUUUGAAGCAAUUGAGCUUGUGUAAUAACUAUUUCACCCAAGUUGGGCCUGAGUGUAUGAAGCUGGUCCAUAAAGGGGUGUUGGAUGUGACAAAUAAUUGUAUAUUGGGCCUUCCUAAUCAGAAAUCCAAAGAAAUGUGUGCUUCUUUUUUUAAGAGGCCCAAAACUUGUGGUGAAGAGAAAAGCCUUACUAUUGUCCCUUGCAAGAAUACUGCAGGUUAUCUGAAUGGUGAAGUGUUACUAGAGGGGGCCCCACAAUCACAUCCAACUGUGACUUAUGGUGCUCUUACUCCUAAUAAUUAGUAGUUUAUAAAUGAGUUCACUGUUAUGGACUUUGAGUUUUCUUUUGGUCUAUGUAGUUAUUUCCUUGUUUGUUGUUAGAGUUGUAACUAUCGAUAUAUGGUUGUUUCUUUGAAUUGAACAAAUAUAUAUAUUAUCUAGUAGUUUUACAUUGUGCA